AUGAAGUUGAAUUCCCUACCGUCGGUUGGCGGCCUCCAGCUCUACCAGGAGUUCUGGGGCCGACCGGGGUCGAAACCUUGGGCUUUGGCCACCACCACCACUCUGAGCUUGUUUCUAGGAUUCGGUGCACUGUUUCUUGCGAGGUCUUACCUUUCAACAGGUCGGAAUCCCGAAGAAGAGGCUUCCUCUCCGGAAAGCGACCAUCCUGUGCUCAAAACCCACUCGACUACACGGCCUUAUAAGACAAAGUAUGCAGAAUAUUCCUCAAUACGGACGUUUUACCAUCCUCACGCUCAUGCGGAAAAAUCUCAAGCCAUCGCAGACCUCCCUUUGCUGGUAUUUAUCCACGGGUUGGGCGGCUCGUUGCCUCAAUUUGCGCCACUGCUGGGUAGUCUCGUCAAUAUCGCCCCGUGCUUUGGACUUGAUCUACCGGGCCAUGGCAUGUCGGCUUUCUCGCCCCAGAAUUACGAUGCCUACGAGAUCGCAGCAUUUUGUGAGCUAUGGCAGACGGCGAUCCGGGAAGUCUGCGAGGAGCACGGACACAAGAGGGUCCUGUUCAUCGGUCACAGCAUGGGCUGCUCGAUCGCUGCUCUGUUGGCCACAAAUCCCUCUUUCCCCCUUGAAGUGGUAGGUUUCGUCGGCAUCUGUCCUAAAGCAACACCUCCGUCGCCAUCAGAAGCUGCUUCGGCGAGGCGAUUCCUCUCGUUGCCGGAUCCAGUGCUCAACGUCUUGCGGAUGUUGGACAGAAGGGGUGGAGUCAACUCCAAAAGCGUCGAGAGAAUGGCCGGCAAGGCUGCAGGUGUAGACCUCCGACGUCUGCAAUUAGCAUUCAACAAGAGCUUUAAGACGCCCGUGUGGAAGCGCUCAGCGCUGGGUUGCCUACCACUCUACGACUCCACUGGGAAAGCAAUGGCCGGCCUACCUGGCAGGGAGGUCUGGGCCAGAAUUCGGGUGCCUCUAUUCCUCAUAGCAGGAGAAGCAGACACAGUCACCAAGCCCGCCGAAGUCGCAACGAUUGUCUCGUUCCUCCAGGAACCAGCAGGCCACAAUACGAAAGACGCCACCACAGUGGAACAACCACUCAACACUGCCGACUCCAUACCCGAUGAUACGCCAACCCCCAGCAAACCCAGCCAAGAGAGUUCCAAUGACUCUACAGCGGACGAACGCAAAUUCGGCACCCUCCCUUCCACAACAGAAACAUCCAGCCACAACUCCAAGGUGGUAAAGACCGCCAUUCUGCCCUCUCCUGCCGCCCACGCCCUGAUGUAUGAUCACUCGACCUAUCGCACUGUCGCCGGCCUGAUCGAGGACUUCCUCGCCCGCUACGUCUCCCCCCAACUAUCCCUCGGCUGGCAGCUCCAACAACUCACCACCUCUGGCAAAUGGGACGUGAAGAAUCUGGAGAAAUGGAAAAAGGUCCUCCCGGUCUCCGGUCCCAUCGGCCAUCCUCCCGAGCAAGGCAUAUUCCGCGCGUUGAAGACGUUGAGAGAGCAAGACGAAAUCCACACGCCGAGCGUGUUUCUGAAAGAGUGGCGAGACAAGAUCUUCGCCGUGAUCGACAUCUCGCACGACUCGCCCGUCUACGACACCGCCUCGCUCGAGAAGGGGGGAAUCCAGUACCACAAAUUCCCGACCGUGUCCAAAGUGCCGCCCACGAUUGUCGAAGUCGCGGAUUUCAUCGCCCUCGUCGACCGUCUCCGCCUGGAACAACAUUCUCCUGGCUCGACUGGCGAGGGCAAGAACAUCGGCGUCCACUGCCACUAUGGCUAUAAUCGCACCGGAUUCUUCAUCUGCUGCUAUUUGAUCGAGCGGUGCGGAUAUCGCGCACAGGACGCGCUGGAUGAGUUCGCGGCACAGAAGCCGCCGGGCAUCAAGCACGAGCAUUUCAUCGAUACGCUGUUCAUGCGGUAUCACGUGGGGCUAAAGAAGGCGCGUACGCUGGUUGGUGCAGCAAUGGACGACAAGAACCGGAGUAUGGCGGGCACGGGGGUCGAGAGCGUGGCGUCUACGGAUUCAUAA